UCCCCUGGAGCAUCCGCCGCCACCACACCGCCUCCGCCGCCGAACGCCCUCAGAUCAGUCGCCAUGUGCCGCGUGAGCCAAAUGUGGGCAGCCGUCGUUGUGGUCGUCGUCCUCGUGGUCGCGACGGACCUGGGCGCCGUCGCAGAGGCCAAGCCCGACCCCAGCCAGCUCGCCAACAUGGCCGAGGCGCUCAAGUACCUGCAGGAGCUCGACAAGUACUAUUCACAGGUGUCCCGACCCAGCCCCCGCUCGGCGCCCGGUCCAGCUUCGCAGAUUCAAGCCUUGGAAAACACACUAAAGUUCCUGCAAUUGCAAGAACUUGGCAAACUGUAUUCCCUUAGGGCCCGACCGCGAUUCGGCAAACGCAGCGACUACGCCAUGCCUUCAGGAGAUGCUCUGAUGGAAGCCAGCGAGAGACUGUUGGAAACCCUCGCCCGCAGGAGGUGAAGUCUUCCCUCGCUGUCCGCCUUCCUUCCCUCUCUUCAUGACGUCACUGCUGCUGUGUCUGCUGCUCCUACGUCAUAAAAAAUCAAAUUUAAAAUGAUGCAAAAGAGAGAAAGAUCAUAAUGAAGAUGAUGCUAAUAAUAAUUUUAAAAAGACAAAUGAAUGAAUGGUUAUUUUACCCAACAUCAACAAGGGAAAAAUAGUCAAGAGUCGUUCUGUCCGCUACGAUGCUGGCACCUCCCCUCCCUUCCCCUCCCCUCCCCCCGCCCCCCCCUUCCCCUCCCCGCCAUACUCCACAACCCACUUUAACUCCACCUCCAACCUCCACCUCCAGCCUCCACCAGAUCUCCUUCUCUUCCCUUCCACCUCUUUCGGUUUGACUAUUCCCUUCAAAGCUGUUAUCUUUUCCUUACCUUUUCCUUCUUUCCUUUUCCUAACCACAUUCACUUACACGCCAAACCUUCACGUGUUUAUGGAAAAAGGAAGAAUGAGAUCAGAA